UGAAAUAUUCAACGUAACAGAGCCUGCGAGGACCACGAAGAAAUGUUGUUCAGUGAGGAAAAUGCGUAUCGAUUUGUACGCACCAUAUCGAUAGCGAAUUAUAACAUGUUAAGAAUGCCUCAAGAUAGCACAGAGCUUACUGCUAUCAAAACUGAAGAUUACACGCCCGGCUAUUUGUCGACGAAUGCUGGCUUUAAUCCACAGGCUGCGUCGUUUUUCUACGAACCUGGUACUAGCCCUGGUGAAACCGCCACCACUUCAACUUCUGCACAGUAUGCCGUGGCAAAGGUGGAAUCGACGGAUGGUUCUUACAAUGCGAAUAUGGUUAGACAUGUUCCCACUGUUGUACAUCCCCAGUCGCAGCAUAUACAAACAAGAGGAUACAUCUUGGCUCAUCCACAGUACCAACAACAAUUACAACGUCAUCACUACUAUCCACAGUCGGCAGCUUUAGCACAGCAACAGCGGGAGUAUUUGGUCCGACGAGAUGGCAUACCUACUAUUCAACCUGGGAUCCAGUAUUAUUCGCAACCAUCUGGUCAGGAACAAACGGGUGUCAUCACUCAUCCAGCCAACAUACCAUAUGCCAUGAUGCAGUCCGCGGUACAACAACAGAGACUUCAACGAAAUGCAACAGCAACGGGGGGAACCCAGCCUGUUCCAAUCUUGAUAAGGUCAAGAGUUCCUGCUGGAGUUCAACCUCAAUUUCAGUAUGGUGCGACACAGAUAGGUGUUAAACCAGAAUUACAGUACAAUGGUGGUGAAGUGUACAUGUGCUACGAUGGAGAUGUGAAUCUUCAGUCUUACAACCAAUAUCAUGCUGAGGUAUCUCCGCUUGGCACAAAUUCAUUUCACGUUAAUCAGCAAAAUGGAUUGAGUGUCCAGGUACCAGUACAUCAGGCUCAGUUCGGAUACGCUCAAGUUCCUCUUGAGUACGCAGUGGGCACUCCCCAUAACAACAACGUUUUAAAUGGGCAAGACGCUAUCAUAAAAGCAGAGGCUAUGGAUGAACAAACAGCUGUCGAUGGAGGAUUAAUAAAAAGGCGCAGGCGAUCUAGGAAAAGCAAAACGGAUGAAGUGACAUUAGAAGGUGAAGAAGCCGGAGGUGCUACAGUCCGCAAAAGAAGAACUAGCAAGCGGAAGAAGUUGAUUAAUGACAUCGAAGGAGCCGAAGCGAGUUUAGCAGAAACAAAUGUAGUGAAUGGUGAUUCACCGCUUCCUCUUACUCAUGGUGAACUGUUGAAACAGAAAAAGAAGAACAUGGCUUUCCCGAAGGGCACAUUCUUAGUGCGUUAUGCGGAUCUGGAUAGCGAUAAUUACGCUGGACAUAUAUGGCUUGUCGAUAACCAUCAGCUUCUUCAAAAAUAUACGUAUGAUGGUUUGGAUGCCUCCAAUCUGAAAAUUUUCAGUCGCACCGAGAGAUAUAGCGGAUGGCUCUGCAUGUGUCCAUGGUUGUAUCACCCACUUCCUGAUGUCAUGGGAAUACUUGGAAAUAUGGAAAAGGUUGCUGUAAGAAAUCACCCGACGAGGGAUGAACUAUUUGCUCGAAGAGAUGAAGAAAGCAGAAAAGCACCAAUCAUCGAGGAAGAACAUGUGGAUACUGCAGAAGAAGCUGUAAACUCGGACGUCGAACACAUGUGCAACGAACAUGAAGAUAUGACUCCCAAAGAAGAGCUGCGAGGUGAUUCACCCUUGUGUAAGAAGGAAGAACCAGACAUUAUGUAA